AGCACACUCACUGGCUGUGCGUAUGUGGGGCUUCGGCAUCGCAGGGCUCAACUGACAGAUUUGCACCGCUGCGUAUUUCUUACUGGAUAGGAGCAGGAUUACUUGGGCAUGUGAAAACGACGACAGAAGAAUGAAAAUGCUUCGAUUUCGCAGUUCAAGCAUCCGAUCGUUAAACCAGGAGAUUAGGUGCACCAUCAGGCUGCUGGAUGAUUCGGAAAUCUCGUGCUGUAUACAGAGAGAGACCAAGGGCCAGUUUCUUCUAGACCACGUCUGCAAUCACUACAGCCUAUUAGAGAAAGAUUAUUUUGGCAUCAGAUAUGUUGACCCAGAAAAGCAACGGCACUGGCUGGAGUCCAACAAACCAGUUCUAAAGCAAAUGAAAUCGAAUCCACCAUAUACUAUGUGCUUUAGAGUGAAAUUCUACCCGCAUGAGCCCAUGAAGAUUAAAGAAGAACUUACCAGAUAUCUAUUGUAUUUACAACUGAAGAGAGAUAUUUUUCAUGGCCGCCUUCUGUGUUCCUUUUCUGAUGCUGCCUACCUAGGGGCCUGCAUUAUUCAAGCUGAACUGGGGGAUUAUGAUCCUGAUGAGCACCCGGAAGAUUAUGUUGCUGAAUUCAAACUAUUCCCAAAGCAGUCACCAAAGUUGGAAAGGAAAAUUGGAGAAAUUCAUAAAACUGAACUCAGAGGCCAAAGUCCCGCUGCUGCUGAAUUCAAUCUUCUACAGAAAGCCCAUUCUUUAGAAACCUAUGGGGUUGACCCCCACCCAUGCAAGGAUUUCACUGGGUCCAUGGCUUUCCUGGGAUUCACAGCCACUGGAUUUGUGGUUUUCCAAGGAAAUAAAAGAAUUCAUCUUUUAAAAUGGGCUGAUGUCAGCAAACUGAAGUUUGAAGGAAAGACAUUUUAUGUGAUAGGCAUUCAAAAAGAGAAGAAACUAGUGCUGACUUUCCAUACCUCUACACCAGCUGCAUGCAAACAUCUUUGGAAGUGUGGGGUAGAAAACCAAGCAUUCUACAAGUGUGCAAAGUCCAGCCAGGUUAAGACUGUGUCCAGCAGUAAUAUAUUUUUUAAAGGUAGUCGCUUCAGGUACAGCGGUAGAGUAGCCAAGGAAGUGAUUGAUGCCAGCUCAAAAAUUCAGAGGGACCCACCAGAAGUGCACAGAUCUACCAUUGGCCAGAGUAAAAGUUUUACCUCUCUCCACAAGCAGCUCAUCAUCAAUGUUGAACCCUUGCUCCCAGCAUUGCCUUCACAAAAUGAUACAGAAGAGAUUGUUCUUGAAAAUGGUUUGCUGGCACUGCGGGACACCAUGCACCUCACCCCACAUAAACGGACUCCAUCGGAAACAGACCCUGGAGAGGAGCCAGAAAGCAUAUCUCCAGAGGUAUGUGUUGAAGACAAACAGGAAGAGGAGGAAGAUGAAGCCCUUACAAUCUCUGAGCUCAUGUACAACCCUUGUUCAAGUGUCAUGCCCACACCAGUAGAAGAUGGAGGCAUUGAUCUGCUUUUUGAUAAUCCGGUAAAGCCAGGAAAGGACAUGGAUCCUGAUAGGGAUUCAUUUGAAGAAUUGGAUGCGGACGAGAGAGCAUUCUUAGUUGCAGAGGAGGAAGAAAUGCAAGAGGUAAGAUGGUUGCUGGGCCAAAGUUAUGAGCUUCUCACUGGCAACAAGCAAUUGAACGCCUUUGUACGUAGCUUCAUUCAGCUGUUGGCUGUGGGACUCGGACUGUUGUUGCUGGUUGUACCACUCCUCUUGGUACUUUUGGAAUCAGACAUUGAUAUUUCCUUCCUCCAUGAGAUUCGCCAGACUCCUGAAUUUGAGCAAUUCCAUUAUGAGUACUACUGCCCCCUCCGCCAGUGGGUGACUUGUAAAAUAAGCUACAUUCUGGAAACAAUGGGAGCAUCCUGAAGUUAAUGACGGCAAAGGUCUUACCCUGACUAAUGUUAAGCAUCAAAAAGAGAGUUGCUUUCAAUUACUUGCAAGGUUGUAUUGAUUGAUAAAUAUUCGGUAGUGGCUUUACUAUAUCACAGAGCAGCUAGAAUUUGUGUGAUUAAAUUCUAAUGUGUAUGGGUUAUGAAUGAUACUGAAUGAGUAUCUAUUGAGCCUACCAGUAGGUUUGGUAGAUUUAUUGUCAGCCUCAUAAUGACUGAUAUUUAUGUUCAUGCACAUUAAAGGUGAAUAAGAGUUUACAGGUCAGCUAAUCAUAUGAAGAUACUGGUUGCAGGAUACAAUAUAAACUGAAAAAUGUAGAAGUAUGAGUAACAUAGUGACAAGUGGGUUUGAAACCUUGGCCCGGUCACUGUGUAAGUAGAGUUUGCACUAUCCUAUCAAAUCUCUGUGUUUUUCUAUGGGUAGUCAAGGAUUUUCUUACCCCAAGAAUACACAAGUAACAUUAAUUGACAUCUCUAAACUGGACCCUUAUGAGUAAGUAAAUGAUGGACCCCUUCUAGCACCUGGCCAAGCACUGCUAGAAGGGGUUUCACAAUUUUGAAAAUGGAUGAAUGGAUGGAUUUACUGUAUGAAGGUGAUUCAUUAACAAGUAAGUAGUCUAUGAAUAGCAAUGCAUAACACAUCAAUUAAAAAUCUUGACAUUGAUACACAACAGGAUUAUUAUUAUUCAUGCCUUGCUGAUAAUGCCUAUUGUAUCUACUGAUACAUUACUAUAGGAUUAAUAAAGACUGACGAGUCUACUUGAUGAGGUGACAACAAUCAAACCGCAUAGUCAUAACGUGUAUUUGCAUGUUAUCUAAUGCAGCUCUAAAAUGAAUACUGUCUAAGGAUUGCAAAAAGGAUCAGGCUCUGUUGUUGUCAAUAUAGAUUAUAAAGUGCAUUUAUCUGUGUGGCUUAUGAUUUUAUUUAAUGUAUUUAAAGUACUUUUUUCUAAUAAGGGUAUAUAAAGGACAGUCGGCAUGUAGCAAAACAUCCUUUUAUUCAGUAUUGUUUUAUUGGUAAAUUCAGAAAUACAAGAUAUUAUUUAUUGUUUUGCUUUUCUUUUAAUAGUAUUUUGUGCAUAGUUUGUAUUAUCAAAAACUGUGAAGAUCAAUAGACUGUGAGAGUGUAAAACACCUUAAUAAACUCAAUGGAAUUGAAAACACAGGUAUCCUCCAGAGCCAACCCAUACAAACGUUUGUUACAAUUGAGUGGAUCAAUAAUCAGUUAAUUGCUUCUUUAUCCCUAAUUUAACUUGGUUUGAUGAGAGUAAAAGGAAAGUGAAAAAAGUGCCCAAAGGUCAGCUCACCAAGAGUUUAUUUUUUUUCUUUUUAUCAAAUUUUAAACACUAAACAAGAACAUGUAUUUUGGAUGGAAACUAAAUAGUUCUUCACAAAACAGCACUAACCUGAAUUUAAUAAUGUUCUAGAUAAUUCACUUCAUCUUGGUUGCAGGUCUUUUUUUUAGAUGAUCACAUCAGCUACAAGCUGUGGAGGGUAUAGCAGACACCCCUUUUCCCAGCUUGUUAUGUGUAUGUUUUGGACAACGAUAAGCGUUGCUAUCAAACGUCCUAAUGAUGUUUGUUAUGGACUGUGGGAGAAGGGAGGUAUUGCAAUAAGUACAAGCUGCACUAUAACAUAUAAAGUUUUGAAUGCUAUGAUGAAAAGUUUCCACUCACAAUUUUUCAACUCUGUCUCAUUUUUUUGUACUGAAAGCCUUCAAUGAAGAGUUUAUUCUUCUUCUGGCUGUGUUUACAUAGGUUUAGUCUGAUAACUCUUAUAUCCUUACACAAUCCCAAGGUACACUUUAUGUUUACUUCUGACUCAAAAUUUUCAUGGUGCAAAGGCAUAUGCAUGAGUGUAUCUUGCAAUGACCUUGUAACCCCAUCCAGGGUGAUUUCCUGCCUUAAUGCAGUCGUGGCCAGGAGAGUCUAGUUGGAUAUAUGUAAAUGUACUUCAUAAUAUAAUUAUUUAUAAUGUACAUUUUCCUUGUUAUUGUAAAACUCCCUUUAUAUAGAGACCAAUGUAUUAAAGUGAUGGGUUAAUACUUAUUAUUCAAAAUAACUGUACUGUUCAAAACUGUUCCCCCCAUAUUAUACAAAACAAGCUUGCACUGUUUUUGAAAGCAACACUCAAUUUAAAACCGUAACCAUGGCCUAUACAAGCAACUUUGUUUAUGCUCUUUUUAAUGUUUUGUAUAUUUUUAUGUGAUCAAGUAUUUCAGGAAUUUUUUUAGUCAAAACAGCCUACUUUAAUUAUUUCAUGUACAGAUUUGUUGCAAAAACUGGCAAGGAGAAUUAUGAUCAUUUUUAAUGUUUGGUAAAUUUUACAGGACUUGUAUAGGGAAUGCUAUAAAUUUGAUAGUAGAUGAAAAAUUCAUGCAAGUAGAAUGAGUUAUUUUUUUAACUGAAUAAAAUGCAAUCUGAAAAUAACUGCCAUUAGAGAGGAAAAGUAAAAUAUACAUCUAGAAGAACAUAGCACAAUCAUAAUGAUUGAGAUGAAAACAGAUUUGUUCAAUUUAAGCAUACCUGUAGUUUGUGAGAAAUACACAUUAAACAAGUAUUUAAUUUAAAAAUGUAGACAUGUUUAAAACUAUGUGUUGGUAAGUUGCUGUUAUGUUUUUGAUCUAACUGACUGUUUUUUUAUCUGUACUGAGCACAGAGUCUCUGUACUAAAAAUUGUUAUCUGGUUUCAGAAUGAAGGCUUUUCAUCUUUGGGUCAUCAUUGAUAUUUCUGGUUAUAGUAAAAUAUGCCAGAAUGUGACUCAAAAGUUGUAUGUAGGCUAUGGGGAACAGGCAUACAACAGGAGGAGCCUGAUGCAACCAACACCAGUGUGGAAUUAAUUGUGAUCUAAUAAUCUUUGUUCCUGAAGCUACUUUAAUUACAUCAUAAUUCAUUUAAUAGGCACAUUCAGGCUAAUAUUACAGUAACACAGAUCAAAUCAUUAAAAAAAGAUUUUUACAUUUUUUUUUGUCAGUUAAAUAUUGUAAAAUGUACAUUAUAUUUGAAUCAAAUUAUUUUCAGAUAAAAUUGUCAAUAUUCUGUUUGAAUGCCAGUAAUUCUGAAGGGUAACAUCUAAAACAAACCAAAUAUCACAUCUUCAUCAGCAUACUACCAUCCAAAGGGGUAAAUGAAUUCAUAAACUUUGGGCUAUACAAAAUAUUAAUUACAAUGAAUAGUGCUGGGUAGGGCUCACAGCUUCAGGGACUAGGGUUUUGAUGUCUAGCCUUGUCACUGCCUGUUUGAUUUUGCAUGCUCACUUUGCGUUUGCUUGAAUUUCAUCACAAAACCCAAAGUUGUGUAGUCUAGAUUGACUGUCGACUCUAAAUAGGUCCACUGUGUGUGGUACAUGAGCAUGGCCUGCUAUACCCAUUGCUUGCUGAUGGGUAUAUUCUAACUGUUUGUAAAUCUGUACUGACAUUGUAGGAUUACCUAAUAAAAGGAUGAAUGAAUGAAGUAUAGAAGUAAGCAACUAAUCUAGCUAUUGUUUCAUACUGCCCUUCUUUGUGAGAUGGCCAUGCGGAGUGAUUCUAGAGGGCAGUAUUUGGGGUGAUCCUUUAUCAUACACAAAUUAUCAGUCCAUCUACCCAUCUAUUUUGUGAACCUAUUCAUGGUCAGGGUCAGAUAUCCCAGAAGAAAUUAAUGCAAGGCAAGAAGCAACCUGUAUAUAAAAACAAAUACAACACAGACAGGUCCAAGGUGUAGUUUGUGAAGUAAAGAUGUUCAGGCAAGAGCAUGGGUCAGUCUCUGUUUUAACUGAAUAUCUUGUUUCUUUACUAGAAGAAGAAGAUAAACUUUGGUUCAGCACAUUUGGAGACUUCAUUUAUACAUUUGCUUCAUAUGUUACGUACCAUUCCAUUGUUACAUUUUGUCUUCCAUAUACAGUACCUUUUAAAACUUAUUUUACAUUUAUGAAGUUCCAUUUUCCUAUGGUAACAUCAUUACAUGCAGUCAGCAUGAUUUUACCAUGGCAAUAUUUCAUAUAUAUAUAAUAAUGUAGAUACAACAUUUCAUUUAUUAUAAGAUCUUAAUAAAAGUGAACCUAUAUAUACAUUUCUAAAUGUGCUGUAGUUAAUUUCUUGUAGAACAACCAACAUAUUUAGCACUACCAUUUACAUCUAGUAUAGGUGAUAAGAUGAAAUAAUAAAAGGAAUAUUCAAUAGAUCUCAAAAUAAAGAAAAAACUGCAAAAAAUGGCAAAAACACUAGUGCCAUAAAAAAGAGAGCACACAAAAGGCAGAAAUGGAGAGCAUUACUCUUUCAUCUGGGUUAAAAGAACAAGACUAUGACAAAGUAGAUGCUUAGUCAAAAGAUAGAAGUCUGUAGACUUCACUGUAUGAGUCAAGGACAACCAGGGAGAAAACAUAGGAGGAAAGUGGCAGGGGACAAAGCUAAGUAGAACAGAAAAGACAGUGCAGACAAGCAGAGGAUAGAAACAAUAUGGUCAGUGGCAUUUAAUUAUUCAUUGAAUAAAUAAGGCUAAAGAUCUGUUUGGCUAAUCGGGUCAUGGGAUGAAGCCACAUAAGUCCUGUUAAUGCUGGUACCUGUGGUACUGCUACUAGCAGUUCUGGUAAGGAAGGUUAUGUGCAGAAAAUACAAUUGACACAGUGUUUAAAAAGGGAAGUGCCUGUCCUCUUAAACUAUCCUCACUGCUAAUGGGGUGAGUAUAUUGUAAUCACUGCAGUUACAGCACAUUUUGGAAGGGAGUGAUGAAGUAGGGAAAAGAAAGUAGUGUAUUACUCAGUGUAGAAGACCUCAACUACAGAGGUGGUUGUUCUAAGGUUUUAACGUAUGUAAAAAUGAGUUAACUACACUGCACAAAGGUCUGGACAAUGGAAAAAGUUAAACUAACCUGAAGAUGUUAUAAUAAAAUGUAGCAAAAUGAUAUGUAAGGUCAGCAGAACUAAUACUCAAGUAAAGUAAAAGACAGCCAAAGAAGACCAGAGGGCCUCAGAAAGAAGCAAGCAGCACUAAACGAGGAAACAUAUUAGGUCAAAGACCAGACAACUACAAAUACAUACAGAAAAACACAAUUUCUUAGUUGGAUCAAAUAGACCAUAGAAGUUAGAGAAAAACCAUACAAGUAUGCAAAGAAAAAAGUCACAAACUUAUCAGUUCAGUCUUCUCUGACUUUCUGUGUUACCUUGACCAUUUCAUUUAUUGUGCUUGUGGUUGGAUUGUAAAAAAAUGGAAACAUUUGUACUUUAAACAGUUUUCAGUAUGAAAAUGCACUAUUUAACCUAAGGGCAUUUUGAUUAAGAAAGGUUUAAAUACAAAAAGUCAUCCAAUCAGACCUAAACGAAAAAAGUUAAAUGUUAUAAAAAAUAAAAUACAAUCAAGUAGAAGAGAGGAAUGAGGUUGGUUUGCUCUACUACAGAUUUUCCAUUUAACUUUGUUUAGCUUCAAUUCAGUACAGAAUCAGGUGAUUUUACAUUUUUCACCACAUGCUGGGAUGUUGCCUCCUUUUUUGAGAAACUAGUGAUUGCAAUUUGAGAAAACAUGCAUGAUCCUGGUAGGUACCACACUCAAAGAAACACCAUGUCUCCUGCAGUCAUUUGUUUUGUUCUCUUUACUUGUAGGUAUUUCCCUAUAUUUUAGGAUGCAUCAGCAUGUUUGAUAUGGAUUUAAGGUGUUUAUGGGUUGCAUGUAUACUGUAGUAGUGUGUAUAAUAGAAUAUGAAGACGUGAAAAUUGAAGUUGGUACUGUAUGGCACAAACAAGUUGAGAAGUGAUGCUCUAGGUACCUUUAAUAGACAUUUUUUAACCUUUAAAAGCCCAACAGUUUUGGAAGUACAUGAUUGUUCCAGCCAACAUGCAUUAAAGGAUCUUUUUACUUUGCAUUUAGUCAUAAUAUUCCACUCAUAUAUUAAUGUAAUUUAAUUAAAUGUAAACAUUCUAUAGCAUUGUGUGUGUUUUCUUAACACUUUUAUUCAACAAUACACAUUUCUUAAAUUGAUAUAAGACUUUAAAUUACUGCACAUAUCCCAAAUUGUUAAAGACUGUGCAAAAGUACACUGUGUACAAUACAUCACUGUAAUCGAUUAUUAGUCCUUCUGUUUCAGUCAUAUACAUGCAGUAAACUGCACAACCCUGCUUGGACUUGAAGUCGCCUUUCUAGAAUGCAUAAUAUGGUGAAAUGUCAAGGAGCAACUAAAGCUACAUUUAAUUAUGAUCCAGUGUCACACCACUUUAAAAAUAUUGCUUUUGACAGUAAAAAUAUUCCUUUCUUUUGACCAGCAAUAUUUCUUCAAUUGUUAAAGGUCAGUAAGUAGUAAUUAAGUUUGAGCAAACAAUUCAUCCUUUAAUGAUACUCAUGCAUAUGAUGAGCCACAUUAUCACUUUUUGAUUUAUAAGGUUAAAAUAAAAACUUUUUUAACAUUUGGACAAAAGCAUGUCAGAAAGAGACUCAAACUUAAAGCAAAACAACAUAAUGUAAGCUGCCUGAUUUGUCUACUUACUGAACAUUAGAGUUGAGAAUAUCAUUUUAAUCAGACCUUAUCAGAAGUCAAAGAAAAGGCACUUAGCAACUGACAUACAGUAUGUAAAGCAAACAUGUAAAAGGGUAACAAAUUGAUCAAUACCUUUUGGUAGCAGUUAAGGACUUUACUUGUGCUUAGGCUUGGGAUAGGUAAAGACUAGACAAUUUUAUUCAAUGUGAAAAGUAAAAAUCUGUACAGAUAAAGUAAGCACUCUUUAUUGUAUUUUUACCUGUAACUGUUUGUUGUUAUCUAUUUGUAAAAUUCUUAUGCUCUUUAUUCUCUGUUUGUAAACUCAACUCUGGGAGGAUUUUCAAAAUACAGUUGUUUAUUAUGGUCUGAAAAAAAUGCUGGAACUCAAGCCUUAUGAACUUUGUAAAGUGUAUUUUGAAUUAAUGUUUAUAUGUCACCCUAUGAAAUGGAUUGUUUUAUAUGUUAGUAUUGCCACAAUAAAAAUCCAUAAAUUAAAAUUAAUGUAUACUAUUCUGGUUACAACA